UGCCGUUUAAUAUGCCCACGUUACGGCCUCCUGUCCCUUUAAGAAACUAAACCCGGAAGUGCUUUGCGAUGGAUUUCGACAGAAAACAGCGUGGUUUGUGGAUCCUUUUCGCCGGGCACUUUCUACAUGCGUCUGGUUAGGUUCGUCUCCAACAUUGCAACGCCUUCACGACUUCAGCGUUUCUUGAUGAAGCAACAGACUGGAAGCACAGUCAUGUGCAAGGAGCUGAGGACCCGGGUGCUGCGACUGGGGCCGGGAGCGUUUAACGGGCCUUUGGCGGAGCAGGUCUGUCCAGAAGAUACCGAGAGCAUCCUGGAGAGCACAGUCCAGGCCUUGAAGGAGGGGCAUGUGGUUGCCGUGCCGACGGACACCAUAUAUGGAUUGGCCUGCCUGGCGCAGAACUCGGAGGCUGUCGGGAAGGUGUAUGACAUCAAGGGACGCCAUAGUGGGAAGCCACUGGCUAUCUGCGUGGGUGAAGUGGAAGACGUAUACAAGUACUGUAAGGUGACUGUGCCUGAGACCCUGCUGAGGGACCUGCUGCCAGGCCCGGUGACGCUGGUCAUGGAGAGAUCUGACAAGCUGAAUCAGGACCUCAACCCCUUCACUUCUCUGGUUGGCGUGCGCAUACCGGACCACCCCUUUAUCCGCCGGCUAUCCCAGAUGUGCGCCGAACCCCUGGCACUCACCAGCGCCAACGUCAGCUACCACACCAGCACGGUCGCUGUGCACGAGUUUCAGGAGCUGUGGUCCAGGCUGGCCCUGGUGGUCGACGGAGGCCCCAUUGGGGACCAGACUCCACAGUCACGUCUGGGGUCGACCGUGGUUGACCUGUCCGCUACAGGCAGAUACAGCAUCAUACGACAGGGCUGUGCCGCCUUCCCCACUGUCACCCUCCUGGAGGAGAGAUACGGACUGAUCAGGUGGAACAAGGAUUGGGACAGGGGUGACUGAACAGACAUUUGCUUCCACUGUGAUGUGGAACUGGGGGUGUGGCUUUGAAAAUGGGUGGGGUUAAGGGGGAGCUGUUACAUCAGGGCUGACUCAAAAAGGUGCGUGCGGUCCUGUGUCAGGUGGGGCAAACGGUUUCGACUAAUUUCUAGUGGCAUCAGUCAGAGACUAGUGGUCACCAAUCUCUGAGUUGGGUGAUGCUCAAAACUUGAGGUAUAAAAAUCUUUGUAUUGACGAUUCCACUGUACCUGAUCUAUAGCUGUUUUGUAUCCUUUCAUAAUGGUUUUUGCCACACCCCCACCCACUUGCUUUUCCAGCUGACAGGAAAUGCAGGGAGUAAGUUGGCAGCUCAUUGAUCAGGUGUGAUGUCAAGUGAGCGUGUCACUGAUUGGCUGGUUUCAGCUGACGUUGAUAUUAUGAACGUCCCGUUAAGCAGAAUCACCAGGGGAGCUCAGUGGCCUGUUUUAAUUAUUUUGGGUUGGGCUGAUGUAAAUCAAACUGUCUUUAAUAAAUUAUUCUUUUUUUUUUGUUUGA